AUGGAUCCCGCGGCAGGAGGCGCCGGCCAGCAGCGCCAGAACAAAGCUUCGGCGGGCAAGAAGGCAAAGAAGGGCGGCGGCGGCGGCGGCGGCGGGAGAUGGCCGGCGGUCAAGCCCAAGAAGGAUCUCCAGAUUAAUCGCCUCAAGGGCACCCACCUCCUCACCAUUCCAGACUUCUUCACUUCCGCCGAGGCCAAGACUUUCAUUGAUGUUGCUGAGUCUAUGGGCUUCACACACCAGGGCAGUUUGGGGCCACUAAAGGGGGAGGCUUACAGAGACAACGAUCGGAUAUCUGUGACGGAUCCAUUGCUUGCUCAAGCCAUUUGGGAAUCAGGAAUAAACAGAAUUUUUACAGACAUCAGCGUCUCUGGCAAAGUAGCAACAGGAUUGAAUCCAAAUAUCAGGUUCUACAGGUACACUGAAGGUCAGCGAUUUGGUCGGCAUAUCGAUGAGAGUGUCGACCUUGGGGAUGGUUCUAAAACGUAUUAUACACUUUUAAUUUACCUUUCUGGCAAAGGAAGUGCAAAGGAUUCAUCUGCACAAGCUCUUGUGGGAGGGGAGACUGUCUUUUAUGAUCAAAGAGGUGGAGUUGUUGCUGAGGUUGCUCCAGUGCAAGGAAUGGCACUCCUCCACCUACAUGGUGCCAAAUGUAUGCUGCAUGAAGCUCGGGUUGUGAAAAAGAAUGCCAAGUAUGUACUCCGUUCAGAUGUUGUAUUUUCUUAG